GCUUCCCGAAGUCUGCGCACGUUGCUGCAUUUGUUCGAUUGUUUCUUGACUUUGUUUGCGUCUGUUUAAUGUGUGCCACCUUAUAACCUGAGGGCACCAGCUUGUUGAGCAGCCAGUCUGAGUCAGACACACACAGUCACACUCACACCAACAAGACAAUUUAAGAUGUCUGCCAUGUGCCUCCUGCUGCUGUGCGUCACCUUCAUUUGCCUCUCAGUCCUGACCAGCGGGGCGACCAUCCCUCCGGGUGUCACCAAGCCUGACUGUGACAAAUAUGACACUGAUGGCUGCCAACGGUUCCUGGACCCUGUGUGUGGCACCAAUGGCAAAACCUAUGUCAAUGAGUGCGUCCUCUGUUGGGACAUAAAAAGCAAGAACGAUUUGGUCUACAUUGUAAGCCGAGGAUUCUGUUUCCCCCCUGGGCAAUGACCAGCAUUGAUCUUCACCCCACGUCCCACCACUUCACCAGCUCCCAUCUGACCCACUGCAGUCCCUGUGAAUCUUCCAAAUCUAAAAUAAACAUUAACUGACGGCAUCAAA